GCCCCUUCUGCGUUUCUCAUUCUCACUUUUUCACUCCGUGGCAGUGUGGUGUGCUUUCGAAAAAAGUGGAAAAAUCCCGUUUUUUCUCCGUUCCUGCAGAUUCUUGCGGCAAACGGCAAACCAAGUGCAUUCAAGCUGGAGUCUCUAACGAGGACAAAUCUCAUCUAGACCCGGAUCUUUGGCUAUAUGCAGUACAUGGUACUGUAAAGACUUGCUACGAAUCAGGACUUUUCUUUUCAAGCAGUAAACCAAGCAGCAGUGAUGGAGGAUUCAGCAGUAGUUGAUCAGCAACCUACCAACUCCGCCUACGAGCACCACGUCGUUCAGGCAGCCCCGACACCGUGCUACGAUGAUCUAUUCCCGGCCCUGCCGGAGAGUGCUCCACCGCGCUUCAACAACCAAACCAUCGUGCCGGCCACGCAGAACAUGCGUGUCGGCAGCUCGGUUGUUACCCAGGUCUUCAUAGUGCCGUCGGGCGAGCGUAAGUACGACUCGGAUAAGUUUGGCGAGGGUGAGUCCUUGCGGACCUGCCAGAACAUCAUGAAGGAAACCAACGCCCAUAUCGAAAUUUCGAGCGGCAAGGACCAAUCGUUGACCUUUUUGGUGACUGGUAAGCCGAAUGAGGUGAUCGAAGCCCGUCGCAAGAUUCUGGUGCACUUCCAGACUCAGGCAAGCAAGUCGAUCAGCAUUCCGCGGGAGCACCACCGUUGGAUCCUCGGUAAGAAGGGCGAGAGAUUGCGUGAGCUGGAGAAGAUCACCGCUACCAAGAUCAAUGUGCCACGUAUUUCCGAUGAAUCCGAUAUCAUUACGAUCUCCGGUACUAAGGAAGGCAUAGAGAAGGCAGAACAUGAGAUUCGAACCACCUCGGACGAGCAGUCACGUAAAGCUUUCGAACGGGUUAAUAUCCCAAAGAUCUACCAUCCUUUCAUUAUGGGGCCGCAUAACGAUAACGUCAACAAGAUGAUGGACGAAACCGGCGCAAAGAUCAAUAUUCCGCCGCCAUCGGUGCAGAAAGACGAGAUCAUUAUUACCGGCGAAAAGGAGGGUGUCCUGCAAGCAAAGGAGCGCAUCGAAGCCAUAAGCAAGGAGAUGGAAAAGAAGUGCACCAGCGUUGGCGUGGAGGUUCCUCGUGCUCAGCACAAGUACAUUGUUGGACCCAAAGGUGCUACCAUCCAGGAGAUUUUGGCGAUGACUGGUGUUUCGGUGGAGAUGCCGGCAAGCGAUGCCCCAAAUGAUACCAUCACUCUGCGUGGCCCGCAGGACAAGCUCGGUAAUGCGUUGAGUGUCGUGUACCAGAAGGCGAACUCUGUUCGCACUACGACACUGGAGUGUCCUCAAUGGAUUCAUAAGUACAUCAUUGGACGAGAGGGCGGUCAUAUCAAGGAAUUUACCGCCCAAUAUCCGAAUGUGCAUGUGGAAUUUAACGAGGAUAGGAUCAAGAUUGAAGGCCUUCCGGAGCAGGUGGAAGCUUCCUCGGAGGCUUUGGAGAAAAUGGUCAAUGAUCUAACUGCGCGUCUCACCUUCGCUGAAUUAGUGGUGGAUCCGAUUUACUGCAAGCAUAUAAUCGGCAAGAACGGAGCCAACAUUAAUAGGAUGAAGGACGAGUACGAGGUGCUGAUCAACAUCGACGAGAAGGACUUGAAACCGAUCCGUAUCGAAGGACCGGCCGUCGGAGUUGAAAGGGCAAAGCAGGAGCUGCUUGAUAAGAUCGCGAAACUGGAAAACGAAAAGGAAGAGUCCAUCGUGAUUGAUCAUCGUCUGUUCAAGACGAUCAUCGGCGCGAAGGGCGAAACGAUUCGGGAAAUCCGUGAUAAGCACAACCAGGUGCAGAUUGUCUUCCCGGGGCCAAAUGACAAGUCGGAUAUUGUUAAAAUCCGUGGCCCUCGCGAGGACGUUGACAAGUGUCACAAAUACUUGACCAAGUAUGUAAAGGAAUUACAAAAAAGUUCCUUUGUAAUGGAGGUGCCGAUCUUUAAGCAGUUCCACAAGUACAUCAUCGGCAAGGGAGGAGCCAACAUUAAGAAGAUUCGGGAUGAAACCCAAACCAAGAUAGAUCUUCCGGCUGAGGGCGAUAAAAACGAAGUAAUUCUCAUUACUGGCAAAAAAGAAAACGUUAAGGAUGCCCGCGAUCGCAUUCAGAAAAUCCAGGAAGAGCUUGCCAACAUUAUCACCGAAGAGAUUCAGAUUCCUCCGAAGUACUACAAUUCCCUGAUUGGAUCGGGUGGCAAGUUGAUUUCGUCUAUAAUGGAGGAAUGUGGCGGAGUGUCCAUCAAGUUCCCUAGUCCGGAAUCGAAGAGCGAUAAGGUGGCUAUCCGUGGUCCGAAGGAAGAUGUCGAGCGUGCUAAACAACAACUGGUCGAGCUGACCAACGAGAAGGAACUCUCUUCGUACACUGCCGAGGUCCGUGCCAAUCCGCAGCAUCAUAAGUUCCUGAUCGGCAAGAAUGGGGCUUCCAUUAAGAAGAUCCGGGAUCUGACCGGAGCUAGGAUUAUUUUCCCAGGUAACAACGACGAGGACAAAGAAGUCAUUACUAUCAUUGGCAAAAAGGAAGGUGUAGAAGAGGCCAAAUCGCAGUUGGAAGCGAUUAUUAAGAACAUUGACAACAUUGUGGAGGAUGAAAUCAGUGUGGAACCGAGACACCACAAACAUUUUGUUGCGCGCCGCGGUGAGGUGCUGCAUCGCAUUCAGGAAGAGUGUGGCGGGGUGAUGAUUUCGUUCCCCCGCUCGGGUAUCGACAGCGAUCGGGUUACAUUGAAGGGUGCCAAGGAUUGCAUCGAGGCGGCCAAGGCCCGUAUCUUGGAAAUUGUGGAAGAUUUGGUGCAAAUGGUUACGAUUGAGUGCAUCAUUCCAGCUCGUCACCAUCGGAUCGUAAUGGGUAAGGGCGGUUCAAAAGUGCAGGCAGUGACGGCUGAAUACGACGUCAGCAUCAAGUUCCCGGAACGCGAUGCUCAGGAAGUGAUUAUUGAACCACAAUUGGCGAACGGAGACGUUAACGGUGGUGAACCGAUUAAAACUACUGACAUCAUUCGCAUCAGCGGACGCCAGGAGAAGUGCGAGAAUGCUAAGGAAGCUCUACUGGCACUGGUUCCGAUAACGGAGGAAAUUAAUGUUCCGUUUGAUCUACAUCGUUCUUUGAUUGGACAAAAGGGUCGCGAUGUUAGGGAGCUAAUGAAUACCUACGAUGUGCAUAUUGAAUUGUCUCCUCAAGAUCAAAAAUUGGACGUGAUUAAGGUAACUGGAGCAAAGGCUUGUAUCGAGGAGGCGAAGAUUGCGAUUGCCAAGCGCAUCGAGGAAUUGGAAGCCGACCGUAAAGAUCGCGAGCUGCGCUCGUAUGAGGUUAAGGUCGAGAUUGAUCCGGAGUAUCAUCCGAAAAUUAUUGGCCGUCGUGGGGCCGUUGUCAACAAGAUUCGCGCCACCCACGGAGUGCAGAUUUCGUUCCCGAAGCAGGAUGAUCCCUGCAAUAAUAUCAUCACCAUUCAAGGUUAUGAAGCAAAUGCCAACGCCGCCAGGGAUGAGAUUUUGGGAAUUGUCGGCGAAUUAAGUUCAAUGUAUCGCGAGGAAGUGUCAAUUGAUGAGCGCGUCCAUCGUCGUUUUAUCGGCUUCAAGGGACGUCGCGUCCGUGAGAUUAAAGAAAUGUUCAAGGUCGAAAUCAGUUUCCCUCGUCAGGAGGAUGCAGACCAAUCUAUCAUCGUCAUUGCUGGCAACAAUCAGGAUGAUGUGGAAGCGUGCCGCGAUCACUUGCUCAAUCUGGAGGAAGAGUUUUUGCAGGAUGUGGUUACAGCUGUUCCUACCCAGCAGACCACAUUCACACAGAUCCUGGAGGAUUCGAUGAGCAACAACCAGGGCGGUCGCCCGAAGCACGGAUUUGUUGUCCAAGGUGCCCCAUGGCAACGCAAGACGCCGAACACUCAGUCCCAGGAAGACUUCCCCGAUUUCGGCUUGGGUGCAGCACCGGCUGAACCGGCCCCACAAGCGCCAAUAGCUUCCGCCUGGAACGCUCGCCACUAAGUGUGCUGCCUAGUAGUUUGGGCACACGCGACGGCGUCACAGCAAUUAUUUACACAGCGAGACAGCGAGCGAGAGAGAUCCGAUAUAUGAAGAAAAAGCGAAAGGUAGAAGGAACAACUUUCUUCUACGAUUGCAAUAGCAUUGUCCGGUUUUGUGUCUACCUUGUUGGUUUAGUCAGAGAACAUCAUCUAUGAAAUUUUAUCAGACUGGCAUUUUGAUCUCUCGCUCUCACAAUCGAAAGACACACACACUCUGCAUCAUGUUAUGUACAUCAAUAUCAGGCAGUUCCAACAAAUUUACAUUGUGCGAAAUAUCUUUAUGAUACCAAGACAAAUAUUAUUGUUUUUUCUUUUUUUUUAUAUGAUGUAUUGUUUGGUUCUAUGUUUAUUCGUUUUGUCAUCAUUCAGGAGCCACACGUAGGAAAAAUGCGUGAAUACAAGUUUAGUGCAAAUUUAUGUACAUAAAAUUGCGGAGAAAAUAUAUAAUUUUUGCUUCUAGAAACUAAAAGAACGUAACAUCCACGUUGUUUGAAAAUAUGGUUUAUUGGCACACGCUCUAAGCAAUGUCUUGUUAAGCAGAGGUUUCAGGUUAAUAUAUGGUUUAGUUUUUUUUUUGGGCAAUUGGUUAUACUCCCUGAUGAUUCACUUGACUCCCUUGUUAUCAGUUGUUCAGAUGUGGAUUAUGCAAUGUAAUGAUAAUGUAUUAAUUAUUGAUGCUAGGUUCCGAUCAACUACAUUGGAGUAUUGGAUGUUGUAGAAAGAACAAGUGAAAGUUUUUUGACCUGUAUUCGUCCAAUAAAUCCGCCUACACUUCGUAAGGACAUGCAUCUUCGUAUGUUGAAUCUGUUGACUGGCUAUCAAAAAUUAUCUUUUGCGCGUCUAAAAAUUGACAUUUCAGGAUGAAUAACCAAGUAAUCGCUGUAGGCAGUAGAACGGUAGUCAUGACUACGAGUAAACUUUUCUGUCAGCGGCUUCAAAUGUUCUUAAAUCUUGUAUUUCAAGUGAGAAGAAAAUAGGCAGUAAACAAGCGUGAGUGCUUUUUAAAAUGGACGUCGGUGCGUAGCAUAUCAUAGAUAUUAAAAAUUCAAACAGAAUGUGCGAGUACAUAAUUUUCUUUUUAACUUGAAAACCUCGUUGAAAAAUUUAUGUACAAUGUCAUAGAUUUGGUUUAUUAUUACCAUUGUUUGAAUAAAUAAAAUGUAGGAGAGUAAGGUAUCGCGUCAACAUUAACAGCUGGCGCGACAUUAACUCAUAACAACACAUCCGUCGCGUACAGUCUAUUUGAAUCAUGAAAUGUUACUGUUACUGUUACAGGUUACUAUUGAAAAACUAACAAUUGUGUCGUGUCGACUUGAAAAAAUACUUUUUGGCAUUAUUUCUUUUUCUAUUUUACAACGGUAAAUGUCGGAUUUCUAGCAAUCAAAGCAAUUUUCAUUUUGCCUCACAGCACCUUAUAUCAGUGAAUUAAAUUGACAGUGAAUGAAUUGACAGAUUAGGAAGAAAGGCGCGUUGUUAGCAACGAAAACAUAUAAAACAAACUGUGUGCUCAUGGCAACCGCACCACGUGGUCAAACAGUCUCAAUACAAUAACAAAAGAAACCUUUUGACGCCUACUUGCCGAUCACUUUGACCCUACUGCUUUUGCUAUAUGAUGCAGGCGUGUUGCCAAUACGCUUGUGCUAUCUGCCUAACCUGUGCUCGAUUAUUAACAACAUUAAUAACUUUUAUACUGGCGGUAUUGUUGAAAAUAGGAUGCUUUAAACAACAGCUCAAACUCACUUUGGUAGAAAAGCUAGAUAACAUUUGCAUGAUUGCAUUUCGAGAAAAUGAACCGAUAGAUUGUACUAAUAAUUAUUCAAUGAAAAGUAACAGGAAGGGAAGGUUACACCGGACAGUUCCGCAUUUGCUAUUUUUGCACAUCUCAAUUUUGUUCACCUCAUCGAAACGGACGGAAGCUUUCACAGUGAAUGGCUUUCAACAAAAGUAGGGAAAUGGAAUAUACAAAAUUUUUAAUACAUUUUAAAAUGUGUUUUUAUAUCUUUGGUUUCGUUAGUGAAAAGACCAUAUAUAGUAACGAAGAUUUCGCUAUGAUAAAACGGACUGCGCUUGACAUAAGCCAACGCUAGUAGAACCUACAAAAUUUGAGUGACCAACGAUGUCUUCGCAACUGCGUCAGGGACUCAUGGUCGUCCAAAUUCUCAACCUUUUUCACUGCUGCUGCUACUGUUUGAUAACAGGUUUAAGUAAAAACAGCACUACAGUCCGAUCAUUGGUCACAAAGAAAAGAAAAUUGACCCUCAACCUCAAUGGUCAUAAAUCACAACGGAUAUCUGAUCGGAAUUGUAAAAAUCAUAACCAAAAACAAGCAAGCGUAGUACGGUAAAGACAUACAUUUAUAUUCAUUUGAUUUUGCUUUUGUAGAAGUGAUAGUAGCUUCAAAACUGACGAAACAAUAGAGUGAAAAAAUACUACGAAACACCCUUUGAGUGUAAUACUAUUGCGUAAAUACAAAAAUAUGUUUGUUUUAAAUCGUGAACCAACAUCAGUUAGGUGAAAAAUCACAAUCAAAUUGAAAACGAUAGUUUUAAAAAGCAAUCAGUUUACCACACAGACACACCUUUGGUGCAUGAACCGAAGCAUUUACAUACUCACCUACACACAAACACACUAUUAUGUACGUACCCUCUAACUGCUCAAUCUGUGUACGCUUUUAAACAUCAACCGAAAUAGAAGAUGACUAAAAACAAGUGUUAAAUAAAAUGUUAGACAUUUCCGCAAAAAAAGAAACAAUGGAACAAUUCAGGCGAUAAACCAUACAAACAAACACACACACACAUGAUUAUUACACAUUCAGUCAAACAAGGCAGUUUCCGAACCUGUUCUCAUUUGAUGCGGCAGAACCAAUCGAAACGAAACUGAUAUUAGGUAAUGUAAAGCAGAUUGUUUACUAAACUAGAUUCUGUUCGUUUAAGUGUUUAAUAAAUAAACGAAAAAAAAAACAAAACAAAAGAAAAAGUAAUAACGCGGCACACGCAACAACUGAAUAAAACAAAAGUGCAAACAAGAAAACCGAAAACUGUAGAACUUCUUAAUUGGUUUUGCAAUUUUUACAGUAAAACAAAAAAAAAAACACUUUCUAUAUAUUUUUUGAUAAUCAAGAAUAGUGAAUGUAUAAACAUUAAUGAAAAAUUAUUUUUCUAUUUUUUAAAUAAUAAUUAUGAUAGUAUACAACUAGUUUGAUCCUAAGGAAAGUAAUAAAAAAGAAGCCACAGAAACGAAGCAUAAAGCGGAGGAACAAUAAACAUUGUGCUAAGAACGCAACAGUUUGAAGAGCAAGUUACUUGAAACGAUUUAAAUUAUACAACUCAUCAAACUAAAAAAUAUACAUAUAAUAAUUAUAAUUAUAUACAUAAUCGGGGCAAGUGGAACUGCGAGAGCUACGUGGCUACCGUGUUUUUUUUUGUAGAAUCAAAGUUGGCAAUGAGAGUGCAGAGUUAAAAAACUGGAAGCAGAACUACUACAGUCAGACAGAAAUAUAAGGAGUGAAAUCUAUUAACCUUUUUGCUGUGUAACAUCGACCGACGGAGAGAAAAUAAAAUAAAACUUAU